AUGGCCACGCCGCCACGAGCGCACUACUUCCACUAUGGGCAGCGCAACGUCAAGGCCCGCAUCGACCCCGAGGUCCCGCUCGACGAGAUCCUGCGCCAGCUGUGCGCCGCACCUCAACUCGCCGUCACCGAGCCGCCGGCGCUCUUUGCGCUGCGCGAGCGCGACUCGGGCACGCUCGUCACCAAGGACAACAUGCGCUCCCUACUCGGAAAGGCCACCACGUUCCAGCUCGUGUCGUCGCCAAGGCUCGAGGCCGUCGAGCUCAUCGACAAGCUGUCGUCAACCGACCCGGCCGUCCUCAAGCCGGCCACCUUCUCGCUCCGCACCCGCAUCCAGGAGCGCGCCUUCCUCGACCAGUUCGUCGCGCGCCGAGGCGUCGCCGCCCUGCAGGGUGUCGUGGGUCGCAGCUCGGGCAACACGCUCGCGUACGCCCUGCUGAGCCUGCAGACGCUCCUCGAGCUCGAGAACGACGGGUGGGGCGGGCUCGACCGCGCGUUCGUCGCUCGCGUUGUCGACAUCAUCGCCACCGAGCGCCUGAUCAACAUCACACGGCCGGCCACCGCCAUCCUGCGUCGCCUCGCCUCGCAGCCCAUCCUCGCACCCUCCUCGCCUUCCACCUCGGCCGCCGCAACAGCAGCCUCGCGAUCCGGCUUCGUCGUCGUCUUCGAGGCGAUCCUCGUGCAGCCCGACUUUCUCCGCAUCGUCGUCGAGCGCCUCGCGGGCGGCGACGUCGAGGUGACCAACCUCAGCCUCGCCCUGCUCGACACGCUCCUGCGGGGCAGCACCGAGCUGGGCGACCUGCGCCUCGCCGACGAGCUCGACACGCUCGAUGCCUGGCGCGCAAUCGGCAAACUGCUCGACGGCACCAAAGGCGCCGACCUCAACCUCCUCCUGUCGCUCCAGUCCAACCUCGUCGCCUCAUUGCGCCUCGCCUUCGCCACGCCUAUCGCCGAGGAGCACUUUCCGCACUUUGACCAGCUGUGGAUCGCCUCGCGGCUCGACGACGUCGACGAGUCGAACCGGUGGCGCCGACUCGGGUUCGUCAGCGAGAGCCCACAAUGGGAGUUCUCGAGGACGGGCCUGCUCGGGCUCAAGGCGCUGCGGCGCUUUGCCGACGAGGAGCAGAACGAGUUCAGCCAGACGCUGCAAGAUCAAGCCGCACGCCCCGAAUCGCGCCGAUGCCCUCUCUCGACCCUCUCCAACUCGGCCCUCGUCGUCCUCGGCGACUACUUUGCCCUCGCGUCCUCGUCGACCCCUCCUUCACCCUCGACCUCGCCUUCGCCGUACCUGUUCCGCUUCUACGACCUGCACGCCCUCGUCGUCCAGUUCCUCGUCCGCCUGUGGACCGAGUCGGACGCGUCCCUGUCCGACCUCGAGCGCAUCGCCGCACUCGGCCGCAGCCAGGUCGCGUUCGUCCUCGGCCCGCCACCUCAAGUCGCUGCAAGCUCGAGCGCGAUCGCGGGCGGUGCGGUACAAGGAGGGGGAGCGCGGCAGGACAAGACGUGGUUCACGAUCCGGAGCGAGUUCCUUACGGCCGAGUACCGCCAAGUGCGCGAGCGCCAGAUGCGCGAGAUGGAGAUCGAGGACGACUUGCUCAGCAAAGCGCCCGUGCGCAACCUUCGCGGCCGCCUGUACCUCGAGUCGUUCGAGUUCGUGCGCAACCAGCGCAUCAUGUGCCUGCACGAGGGCGCCUGGUUCCUGUGCUCGCCGUCGAGCUCGUCGCCGCCGUCGGCCACCUCGUCGCGUCGGCCGAGCGGGUCGCACAAGGUCGGCGCCGCGGCGGGCCACUCGACGUGGAGGUUCUACCGCCUCGCCGAGAGCCGCAAGACGCUGCACUGGCGCGAGGCGACUGAGCGCAGGACGGUGCGGCCGGGGCUUGAGGAGCUGCCCGAGAAGAUCGACGUGGCCAUGAUCACGGACGUCGUACCCUCAACCUCGUCGAGCGCCAACCAGCAGCGCCCGCUGCGCGUCUCGCAAGUUGGCGGGCUCGGUCGGCCCGGCUCGUCGACGUGGGCGGCGCCGCCCAGCGGCCCCCCGUCGCGCAUCAGCUUCCUGUCGUCCAAGGAGGCCUUCUCGAACGGCGCCAACCCGUCGGCGUCGGCCACGUCGCUCUCGUUCACGCUCGUCGGCGCCCACGGCCCUCUCGCGACCCUCGCCGCCUCGUCGCCGUCGCUCUACUCCGAGUGGCUCGACGGCCUGUCGCUCCUCCUGCCCAACGGCGCCAUCUCGACGCCCGACACGGCGGCGUACGUCCAGGCGCUGACCGAGAUCGCGGUCAAGGUCAAGCUGCUCGACCUGAGCGGCGAGAGGGUCGAGGUGCAGACGAGGGAGCAGGUCAAGGGGGUGCCAGCGAGCACCGACUUCUUCUACGCCAACUCGCUCUAA